AUGGAAGGCUCGAGACAUUUCGAUGACGAGAAUCGCUCGGUUUCAUUGCAACGACUCACCGAAUUGGCUCUACCAAGAAGUCCGAUGAGGACAUCAAUGCAUGGAUUCGCCGCUUCAUCACUUCCGAUCGCCGAUUUGAAAGGAAUCGACCGUUUCUCACGACAAGAGAAAAUCCUCAGAAAUAAAUUAGCGUCACUCUAUCGACUUGUAGAUCUAUUCCAAUGGAGCCAGGGGAUCUACAAUCAUAUAACGGUUCGACAUCCAUCCACAUUAAACGAGAUUCUGAUAAAUCCAUUCGGAUUAUUGUAUCACGAGAUCACUGCCUCGUAUUUGAUAAAGGUUGAUCUAGAUGGAGAGGUUUUGGAUCAAGGAGCUACAAAACUUGGAAUAAAUGAGUCCGCUUUCAAACUUCACUCGGCGAUUCACGGUGCUAGAGACGACGUGCAUUGUGUGAUUCAUAUGCAUAACGCGGUCGUCUCUGCUGUGAGCUCGAUGAAAUGCGGAUUGUUGCCGAUUUGUCAAGAAGCGAUGGUCAUUGGAGCGGUCGCCUAUCAUGAAUAUCAAGGAACAUUAGAUGAUGAAAAAGAGAGACAAUCAAUAAUAGAAGAUUUGGGCGACAAAAACGUGAUGAUCAUUCGAAAUCAAGGCUUUGUCGCUUGUGGCCAAUCGAUCGAGGAGGCCCUCCAUUUGGCCUAUAACACGAUUUUGGCCUGUGAGACACAGAUUCUCAUCCUUCGUGGACAGGGUUUUAUCAUUGCCACUGAAGGGAUUGAGGAGGCCGUUUUUCUAAUUAAAAAUUUGAUCGCUGCAGCGGAUCAUCAGAUCCGGGCUGCUAGAGCUGGAAUUGAGAAGUUGCAUAUCCCCGAUGAAACGACCAUUCAAAAGGCGUACUUGGAAGCGAGAAAGGGUAGUGGAAUGUUCCGCUCACCGUCUCAAAAUAACAACUCUAAAGAGGAACCCGAGUGGAAAGUCGGCGAAUUGGAGUGGGAAGCUUGGAUGAGAGUUUUGGAUAAUGCGGGCUUCCGAACGGGUCACUUCUACCGCCAGCCACUGCUCCGACAAAGAUCUCCGGUGACAACAACGAGUCGAGUGAAUGGAUGCAAUGAAGUAGCCUGUCCGCCCGCGAGUACAUCGAUUGGAAUGAUUGACGAAUCCGAUCCCGAAGCUCUAACCGCUCACAAAAUCGCUUUACUGCGGAAAGAACAGGAGAAAACCCGAUGGUUAAACACACCGAACAACUAUCAGAAAGUAGAGAUUUUGGAAACGGGAACCGAUCGACCAAAAGUGAUCACGAAAUGGGUUCAAGACGUUUCGGCAACUUCAUUGAAUGGGACACCGGUGAAGAUCACAUCGAAUCAUCAGUUUUCACCGUUAAGCGUGAAUCCGAAAGAGUUCAAAGACAAACAAAAGGCGAUCAAAGAGAACCGACGAAGCGGCAAAACGUCAGCCGGUCCUCAAUCCGUGAUUCUCGAUGGGGUUACUUAUGAAGAUCUCAAGGAUAUGAAACCUGUCAAUUGUGAUGGAGACUCAAUCACUGGUCCGGCUGAUCGAGUGGUUUUGAUUGGAACCGCUUCAAAGGGAAUCAUUGAUCGGCAACAUCAACAUAAUGCACAGGUUUAUCGCCAACUUUAUGCACCGAAUCCGUUUGCUUCAGAAACCGAUGAAGAUAUCAGGAAAUAUUUUCAAGAGGUUGAAUCAAAAUCCCCUCGAAGUCAAUCGGCCCGUGGUGUUUCCUCGUCUCGAGAUGGUGGCUAUAGCACUUAUCGUAGUGAUACAACAAAUGGCACCUCCUUUGAGCCGGAUCGUCCGGAUACUCCUGACAGUCCCGGAGCUGAAACCACAAUCCCAACAACAACGAAUACAGCAUCGCUGAUGCAAGGCGCUCGCGAGCAUCGAAUGCGCGAAGAGUCCUCCUAUGCAAUUGAUGAACUCUCCACUUCGAAAGCCCUAGACAUUACAGUUAUCCGUUUCUAUCGUCAGACCACUUUCGAGAACUCUGGAGAAAUCCAGAGUCGAUUCGUUGCACACAAUCACAUUAUUCGU